UCUCGGGCGGGCGGAGCCCAGGCCGUGCCACCUCGUUUCCAGGCGCACUCUUCGCUGUGCCCCUUGCCCGCCGACGCGGCUCGGUAGGGUCCGGCACUGCCCACCCAAGAGAGCCCGCGCACCACGUCAGCCCACUCGCAGCCCGUCCCACAAGCCAGGCACCUGUACCAGGUAUGAAGAAGAGCUCAUUCCCAGCCACAUUCCAAGCCUCUGGCUCUGUCACGGAGCCCACUGAAUCCACUAGUAACAGAAUUGAAAACUAAACAUCAUGAAUGUCUCAGCAUUAGGAGGUAAUGGAAAAGGGAAACCUUUGUCAUCUGGUGAAGAGGAGCGCAAUAAUGUCCUAAAACAAAUGAAAGUACGAACUACACUGAAGGGUGACAAGAGCUGGAUCAUCAAGCAUGAAGACUCAGAGGACCAUACUAUACAGCUUCCCUCCAGACAAAACCAUACCACAUCAUCAUCAGUUGGAGAGGUCUCAAAUGCCAGGUCUCCAAAUACAAAGGCUCCCGCUGGUUACAUCAUCCGGGGAGUGUUCACCAGAACAAUAGACAGCUCUUCUCACUAUCAGCAGCACCUCUCUAAGAGCAAUGAAGCGCCGAGAAGUGCUUCUGAACUGCUGGGAACAGCUAAUUCUGGUCGUCCUCAUCAGUCCUCUGGUUAUAAGAUGACUACAGAAGAUUAUAAGAAGUUGGCACCGUACAAUGUCAGGCACAGCUCCACAUCAGGGACUGAGGAGGAGGAGGUGCCCUUCAUCUCAGAUGAACAGAAAUGGCGGUCACAAGCUGCAAGUGGAGUUCUGAGGAAGACAGCCCCACGGGAGCACUCUUAUGUCCUCUCAGCAGUUAAGAAGAGCACUAGUAGUCCUACUCAAGAGGUGCAGGCCCCAUUUAUUGCAAAGAGGGUUGAUGUGAUUGAUGAAGAUGUGCCUCCUCAGAAAACACAGGAGCCACCUGCUCUGGCAAGACCUAUUUCUGGCUUAAGCAGUGUGGAUGGAAGCAAAACCCAAGUGUCUCAAGCAAUUCAAAUUGAGUGCAUGCCAAGUGUACCCAGCCCCUCUAGAAUUCAGGAACCCAGGUCUUCCCACAAAAACAAUGAAGUAUCAUGCUCUGAAGAAUACAAAAGAGAUUCAGCUUGUGAGGAUAAAUUUAAGAAUUACAACACAAAUUCUGAAAGUAUCAGAUCAGCUGCACAGUUGAAUGAUGGCAAUGAGCAACCAGGAGCCACAGAAUCCCCACCAGGCAUUGGCAUGGAGAAAAAAGGCCCCUCAGCUGAUUGUGAGAAGAAUGUGGCCCCCAAGACCAUCGAGGCCUGUCAGGAGACAGAUGGAGCUACAGAAGGUAGCCAGAGAGACCCAGCAAUGGCCACUCAACACUCUGCAGAUCCCAGCACCCCAGAGCUGGAGAGCAGCCCCGGUGUACCCAAUCAGGUCAUCAAACUUGAGGCCUGUGUCAGCAGCACUCCAGUUGCUUGCAAGGAGAAUAAUGCAGCCCCCAAGAUCAGUGAGGCCUGGCAGGAGACACCUGAGCCCCCACGAGGCUACCAAGGACACCAAGCUGUGGCUACUCAACAACUUGCAGAUCCCAGCACCCCAGAGCCACAGAGCAGCCCCAGCAGAUCUGAGCAGCAAACCAAACUGGGCAAUAGUACAAACAAGCUGAAAGGCCCUUCAAGCUGCACGGUCACUAUUAAUGUUGCUACCACCUCUGAACAGACUCACUUGCAUAUUCCAGCUGCCUCAAGUGAGCUGGACUUCAGCUCAACUGUUUCCAGCAGCAUUAAGGACUCAUUGAACCUGGAGAAGAAACCCCCAUGUGAAGGCACUCCACCCUCUGAGAGACCAACUGAAGGGGUCUGUACUUACUGUAGCCAUGAGAUCCGAGACUGUCCAAAGAUUACCCUUGAGCAUCUUGGCAUCUGCUGCCAUGAGUACUGUUUUAAGUGUGGGAUUUGCAAUAAACCCAUGGGUGAUCUCCUAGAUCAGAUCUUCAUUCACCGUGACACCAUCCACUGUGGGAAAUGCUAUGAAAAGCUCUUCUAGGCUGAACAGAAGCUGAUGAGCCCCAGAUGUAUUUGGCUGUCCAGUUGCCCACAAAUUGUUGGUUCUUCCCUUACAUCCUCCCUUACCUGGUUUCACUGUACUUCUGCCCACCUUGUACUGAAAUAACACAUCUAGUAUUGUAUCUCAAUGAUGUUAUAAUUACACAUGUAUAGCCUUUUAUACCUUAGAAAGUCAAAUCCAUAGCUUAGUUGCUCCCAGGAUGAAGGACUCCACUUUGACUUCCCUAAGAUAUGUUGGCUUUCUAAUGAGUGCAGAUGACCUGGUAUGCUAGACAUGGGCACAAGUGUAGGUAUCAGUGUACGCAGACUUUUGGAGGCUUCUGAGGGGCCAAACCAAAUGUUGUUGACGAUCUCUAGUAGGGAAAUUAUAGGCAAUGAAUGCUAAGGGUUGGCAAUAGGCUAAUCACUGUGUGUGUGUAUGUGUGUAUGUAUUUUUGAUUUCUCAUACAAUUCUUAAAAUAGUUGUUUUUGAUUGAAUUGUGUAGCAGAUUUAAAUGACCUCUUCCCAUUCUCCUUUGAGUUUUUCCAGUCAGGUAUGUCAGUACACAUUGGAAAGUUUACCCAGGUUUAAAUUUGACAAGAUACAAUAUUAGGAGGCUUCUAACAAAAGGGAUAUCUGUGUCUGUUUGAAUUUUAAUAGCUUCAAGUCUUUACCCUCAGUAUCCCAUUUUCUAGACUUUACAUAGAAAUUUUCUGAACUGAUUUUAGGCUGUGUAGAUCCCAAAAGAGUAAAGAAGAAAACAGAUAAAGUUUCUUGAAACCUCACCACACACCAGGCAUUACCACAAGGUACUGGCUUUUAAUCUCUUUAAUAGUCUCUAAAAUAGUCUCAUUGCAGAAAUGAAGAUAGUAAUGCUCAGAGAAGUGGGAAGAAUCCUGUAGAACCACUGUUGUAUCUCUCUGGAGCCUAUACUUUUUCCAGAAGCAAUAACCAUCAUGACACUGACCUAGUAUUGAGCAUGUGCCAGGCACUGUAUGGAGGGUCCCUACUAUAAAAUACUGCCCUGAGAAAUGGGAAAAGUGUGAAAUUCACUCCAUCUCUGGGCUUCUUGGAUCCCUCCUUGAAGCACUACAGUAAUCUAAUUGACAUCCAGUGAAAGGUUCAGUAGGCUCUCUGCCCUAAGCACACAGUGACCUGUUUUCUAGUCCUGACUGUUUCAAACCAACAUCAACUUCUAGGUCCCCAGGUACUCAAAGUGCUAAAAGCUGAUGUUUAGCAGAGCAGAGGCAGGUUCAUCCUUGCAGUCUGCUAAUAUGCUGCUCUGAUUCAACUUCACUUUGCUGCCUUUAUAUUGGUGAAAUUAUUAAGGCCACUCCACGUAGUUAAAAGGGAG